AUGGAGAUGCCUGCAGAUGAACCGGAUGAAAACCCAGGAGAUGCGUCGUCGGUCUCGGUUGAUCUCACCUUCCUGGCCCUGCGAGACGCCUCGCGGCAGGGCGGCAACAGCAGCAGCAGCAGCAGCAGUCCCUCUGCAACAACGACAACGGUACCUCAACCUGCGAGCACUAGCUGUUGCCGUCCGAGCGAGACGCCGCUGUUCGGAAGCAUUCUCCGCGCGGUGUUGCUGCAACAGCAGGCGGGGGAAGGAGGAGGGGAGCAGGACCAGAGCUUGGUGCACACAACGCCCGGAGUGUUCCCCGUGCUGACCCGUCUAUUGGCGGCGGACGAGGUGUGCCAGCCCGCGCUGGCGGGGGCGGCGGAUCGGGCUGCGACGGCGGGGGGUGCGGGGCAGCAGCAGCGACAGCCGGGUCACCACCAGCUGAGGCUGCAGCAGCUGGAGAGCGCUCACCAGCCGAGGUCCUCUCCGACGCCGAAGGAUGCACUGGUGGCUUCGAGUAGGGCACGGCACGACGAUACCCAAGGUGGCGGUGGUGGUGAUGUUUCUCACAGUAACAGCCUGGUUUCCAUCUCGAGUCUCUCCGACGUCCAGCAGAAGCUGCUCCCGGCCGACACCCCGCGGCGGGUGUGCCAGUACGCCUUCCUGAAGAACGACAUCGUCUGGAUCUGCAAGGAGUGCCAGGCGGACGAGACGUGCGUGUUGUGCAACGACUGCUUCCGGAGCAGCGACCACGAGGGUCACGAGGUGUACUUCUAUCACGCGCAGGCGGGUGGGUGCUGCGACUGCGGCGAUCCUGACGCUUGGGAUUACCGGGGGUUCUGCCGUCACCACGGGCUGGACAACCGCGACCCCCUGCUGGAACUCCCCCAAGGACUGAUAACGGCGGGGUCGACCGUGAUGGCGGCUGUGCAGACGUUCUUGCUCGAGACAUCCAAGGCCGUGGUGCAAUCUUUCGACCUCGCCAAGCCGUGGAACACCAGCGGAGGACGCCCGCCCAAGAGCGUGUCGAUGAUAGUCCACCAGAGCCUCUACGAGGAAAACCAAGUGUACGAGGCCCUGGGGUCGGUGGCAAACCUCGGCAUGGCGAACGUGCACCAAGGCGACGGAGCCGCGGACCCUGAGAGGGAGCGGGAGGCGAGGGAAUUGGAGCGCUUGCUGGACGUUGCGCGGGCGCUGGCGAAGCGGGGGCUGCUGAUCUCGGUUCGCACCCACGAACUCCAGGAGCGGCUGAAGCGCUCCCAGGACGUGGUGAGGUGGCUGCACGCGGUGUCCACCCUGUCGGACGGCUGCUGCCGCCUGGUCUGCGAGAUGCUCGACGUGCCCACGCUGGUCGCCCUCAUGGAGGCGGACACCCACCUGCCGAAGCCGCUGGCCUGUGCGCUGCACGACCUAUACCUGGCGCUGAUGGCGGACCAGCCUUUCAAGACCAGGAUCGCGGCGGCCUACGUCCGCGCCCUCCCCGCCGUCACGGCCAACUACGCUCGAGGUGUCGGCACCGCGGAACACGCGCUCUACACGCUGAGCGUACAGUUCUUGAACCGGUCGGCCUUCGUCAAGAAGCUCGUCGAGAAGCACCACCUCCUGCAGAUUCUCGCCGGCUGUCUCCUGUCGACCCUCUCGCGCGCCUGUCAGAGGCAGCCUGCCAGGGGCGGCGCCCCCGGGAAUCGAGAUGGCAAGAUGGUGCUGAGCGCCUCCCACAGCGUGUUGGAGCACCGCCGGUACAACCCGAUCGCGGCCGACCUCAAGUGCGUCUUGAACAUCGAGGGAGUUCCGCAGCGUUUCCUGAGGGCGUGCUUCACGGAGUGGAUCAAGGUUCUACUCAUGGUGCAGAAAAUGGCCCCUCAAGUGAGACAGCAGCGGCUGCACGUCGAGCGCGAGCAGCGGGAGUGGAUGUUCGCCUUCAACAUCAACAUCAGCCUCACCUCGCUUUUCGAGUGUAUGCUGGGCUGGCUCCGAGAACCCUUUGGACACACCUCCAUCCCGGCGGGCUUCUUUUCCUCCAAGACAACGACGGCGGCGACGACGACACCCGCCACCACCACCGGCGCUGCUGCGACCGUUGCCAGUGCGGCGACUCCGUCGCCAGUAUCUUCGGGAGAAGGAGGAGCCGCGGGCGCCGCCGCGGGCGCCGCCGCGACGGCUGCGCCGGCGCCGCUGGCCCUCUUCCAGCUUGCAUCGCCAACGCCCCCGCCGGCCGGGGCGGGCGGAGAGGUUGUGUCGUGGUGGGCCGACAUUUUGGAGGAGGAGCACGUAUUCGCCGCCGCCGCCUCCGCCGCCGCCUCCGCCUCCGCCUCCGAAGGCGAAGAGAAAGACGGAGCGGAGGGAGAGCCAUGGCAGCCCUGGGCGGGAUCAGGGGCGAAUGCUACUAUGUGGGAGUUUCUCAACGAGGCGAACAACGCCGUGCCGGCGGCGGCGGCGGCGGCGGCGACGGGAGGGACGCCACCACCGCCCGGAGGGGCGAGUGGUAACAGCCACCGCGGCGCCGCUUCCCUGUGGUCGGCGUUGGCCACUGCUACUGUUGACGGCACGAGGGCGGCGUGGGAGCACGAGGAGCUGCCCACGUUCCCGGGGGGUGUCCUGCGGGUACGGCCGCCGGCGGCCGGAAGGUCUUUUCACAUCAUCCUGCAUCGUUUCUUCGCCGCCAUGGUGAGGGAGGCGUGCAACUGCGAGGAACGAGGCAGUGACCUGCGCCAGCUCUGCGGCUUCGUCGGCCGCUAUCCCGAGGUGGUGACGGACGUGGCCGACACAGCGCUCAACGUGCUGUCCUUUGCGGCGGAGGUGAGGGCCGGGCUGUGGAGGAAGAACGGCCAGUGCAUGAAUGACCAGGUGCUCAACUACGCGGAGCCGAGCUUCUGCAAGAUUUUCCGCGACCUGGACCUGAUGACGGUGCAGUUCGCCGCACUCUCCGGCGGCGCUUCGCAGCUGGUUAACCACGUUCUCCACAGGUUCCAAUGCUUUUUCUUUUGGAUCUUGGACGAGUGCGACGCGACCACGACCACCCGGGCUUCUGCGGCGGGGGAGUCUGCCAAAGGGCGAGCUGCGGCGGCGGCCGCAGCCGCGACAUCGGCACUAGAACGCUUAGGGGGGCGAGGAGGAGGCGCAGGAGCGGCGAGGAAGACGGGGACUAGUAGUGCCCCGGUCCCGCCGACGCAUAUUUUUUCCGACUCUUCGGCCUCCCACGGCGGCGGCGGCGGGGGCGGCGGGUUCGCGGGGCCGGACAAGGAGCGGCAGCGGCGCGCGCGACGUCUGCGGCGUAGGUCAACGUUAGACCCUGAUCAGCAACUGGCGUUGGGCGAGGAGUGCCUGAUGCUGCUGAUCCUUCUCGUCACGGAGAUGCCGAUGGUCCCCGAUCCCCUCACACCCGAGCCGGGCGUCGACAGCGGCGACGGCGGCGGCACCGGAGUAGGUGGCCGCGGUGGUGGCUCGCCGGAGGCGGCGAGGAAGGGGACGGCUGGCGGCGGCAGGAUGGCGAGGCAGUUGCGGCGGGAGCUCGUCCACCGCCUGGCGUCCGCGCCGUGCACCCACAGCGAGCUGCAGGACACGUGCUACGCCUCGUCUCACAACGAGGCCCUAGAAGCGGAGAUGAUGGAGGCGAUCCUCCGGGACGUGGCGACGAGAAGGGAGCCGUCCAACGCCCUGGAUUCCGGCCGGUUCGUGCUCAAGCCCGAGGUCUUCGCGGCGGAGUACGACAGCACCUUCUUCCACCAGUCCAUCCAGGCCCACCAACAGGCCAGCGAGCGGCGGCCGGCCAUCAAGGGCCCCACGCCGGUGGCCCCGCCCCCUCCCGAGGCUCACCCGCUGUUCAAGCAGCUACGGGUGGACCUGGUAAAGGACGAGACCAUGCUUAGGGUGGUGGGCCAGGUGCUGCUUGACUGUUCGAGAAAAACCCCAGGGCGCUCGCGAGACACGUUGCUGCUGCGCGGGCUGCACCUGCUCACCCUCGCCGUUCACGUCAUGGACCCAUCGACGGCGUCGUCCGGUGGUCCUCCCGGCGCUGGCAGAGAUGCCGCCGCUUCUGCUGCUGCAGCUGCCUGUGUGAAAUCCGGCGAUGGCGGUGGUGGUCAGGGGAGCGAUCUGGAAGCGUUCUGCAGCGCGAUGGUGCAGCCGAUGGUGCAGCCGCCGCCGCUGCCGCCGCCGGUGGUGCCACCGCCCGGGGCCGCCGCCGCCGCCGCUGCGGCCCCUGGAGGACGGGGUGGCAACAGCAGCAGCAGCGGCAGCAGCGGGGAUGGGGAUGACGAGGAAAUUGCGGAUGUCCCCGCGCCAAGGACACGUACUUUGUGGGGCGAGCUGGACUCCGUCUACACGCACAGCCCGCCGCCGCCGCCUCCGUCUCUGUGGGCGAGACACCGGGGUGAGGCGCCGCCGCCCCUGAGUGUGCUUCAGCUCUUGGUGGAGCUUGAUGCGGCGCCGUGGGACCAAAGCGACAAGUUCCUCUCCUCCAGCGUGAAGUGGCUUCUCGAGCGCCUCGCCGGCAUGAGCGAGCGGUGCCGGGAGAUCAUCACCCCGACCCCGUCCCCCGCCGCGUGUCCGUCCCCCGGUGGCAUUGGCGGUAAAUCCGGCGGUGCCGUCGAGAAAGGUGGCGCUAGCGUCGGUGGUGGUAGUAUCAACGGCGGCGGCGGCAAUGCUACGGCGGUAAUGGAGGAGAGGAGGAAGGCGGCCCGCAAGCGGGCGAUGGACAUGAUCGAGCAGAAAGCGUCGGCGUUCGCCCGGCAGAUCGACAUGAUGGCCGCCUCCUCCUCCUCUUCUGAAGACGAGGAGGUUAAGGACGGCGGUGGUGGUGGUGGUGGUUUGUCCAGCGGCGCCGGUGCGGGGCGGCGAGCGGCCGGCACGUGCGCCUCGCCUGCCGGAGGGAGCGGGUCCUCCGUAGGAGGGGCGGCGGGAAGGCGGGGGAAGCAAAGGCUGAAGCGAAAGCAGCGGGAGCGGCGCAGCAGCACUAGCAGUAAGGAGCAGCGGCCGGAGUGCAUCGUUUGUCGCGACGAUGCUGACCGAGGGCCGUUGGGUUUUGUCGGGUUCGGGCGGCGUUCUCAGGUGCUGGACGUCAGGCCGGACGGGGAGGAGCGGUCCCCGGGGGUACACCUACAGUUUUGCGGGCACGCCCUCCACUACUCCUGCUUCGAGAAGUACUAUGUGACGAUGGUGCAGAUCUCGGACAGCAACAACAACGUCGCGCUCGACGUGGACCAGGGGGAGUUCCACUGCCCCUUCUGCAAGGCGGUAGGCAACCUCAUGGUGCCUUGCUUCGAGGAGUCUUCGGAGGCCGAGGAUAGCGAUUGGGAGGAGGAUGAAGAGGAGGAGGAGGUGGAGGAGGACGAGGGCGAGGAGGAGGUGGGAGUGGGGGGCAAGGAGAGGCUGGGCAAAGGUGCGGCGGUUGGUCACGCAGGAGGGGAUCCGAUGGACGUGUCUGAGGAAGAGGACCAGUCGAGCGGCGCCAGCGGUGAUGGUGAUGAUGAUGUCGGCUGGUUGGACAGGAAAGCCGCGCUCUCCUUGGAGACGGCACGGCCGUCGAUGUUCGCCGCCCGGCAGUCGUCGGCGGCGGCGGCGGCGGCGGCCACCCGAUCGGCGUCAAAGACGACGGCGGCGGCGAUGGACCGAACGGGAUCAGGGUUCGUGUACAUGGUCAUGGCCGGGAACGAAGACUCGAGCGAAGACGAUGAAAACGGCGGCGGCGGCGGCGGGAUCGAUGUCGGCGGCGAGGAUGGUGGCGGUGAAUCGUCGGCACAGCAGCAGCUGUUUGACUCGGCCACACGGAAAUUCUUGGAGUCGGUGUACGAAGUGGAGACCGGCGUGACACCGGUGCUCCCGUCGGUUACUCCUGAGGCUCUGUUCCUGAGUGCCUGCCGAGCCCUGGCGUACUCCGUGAGCUCAGCCGCCACCACGGCGUCUCCCAUAGACUCCUUGCGAGGCUACGCGGCUGCGGCGGCGGCGGCGGCGGGUUCGGGAACGGAGGGGGCGGCGGCGGCGGCGAUUGAUCACGGGGGUGCCACCCGUCUCCGGUGUCUCCGGCUGGUCGCGGGUGUGCUUAGGAGGGCUGCCGGGCAGGCGGGGCUGGAGGAGACGGUCCGUCGGAAGCUUGCAGGGUCUCUUGCUGGCACCUCCGCGGCCGGUCGUGACGGCCUGAGCGGCACUGGUGCCGGAGCAGCAGACGCGACGGCGACGGGGACAACACCAGGCGAUACGAGCAGCGAAGGAGGAGGAGGAGGAGAGGACGCCGCUGGUGCUGCGGCCGGCGGCGUUGAUCCCUCCCCCGCCGACAUGGCCGCCGCGAUUGCCGAGGUCUCAGCGCGGCGGAUGCAGCAGAAAAACUUACUCGCAGGGCUGGCAUCCUUCGCCGGGGGGCGAGAAGGGGGCGGGGAGGAGGAGGAGAAGGAGGAGCUGGGAUUGGACAGGCCGUUGCUGUUGGCGGGGGCUAUGGAGACGCUUGGGGCCGCUCUGGUCGUGCUCCCGGCGGGGGACACCCAGGGGGCGAUGCAAUGCGUGGGGGCUCUAUGCCUGGUGCGGGUUCUCCAGGUGCUGGCGGCUUUCUGGUUCCAAGACCAACACAACGGGGGGAGGGACGCGGUUGCGGAGGCGCUGUUCUUGGACACCCGCUGCGGGCGAGGAGGAGGAGGAGGAGAAGAGAAACCGGCGGCAGCUGCGGCAGCAGCAGCAGCAGCAGCGGCAAGAGAUGGGGAGGAAGACGGAGGGCCCGUGUAA